CUGCUCUACAGUCCGGUCCUAUCUGCUGUAUGUCCGCAGUCUCUGGUCAUCCCCUGUACUGUGUCCGCAGUCUCUGGUCAUCCCCUGUACUGUGUCCGCAGUCUCUGGUCAUCCCCUGUACUGUGUCCGCAGUCUCUGGUCAUCCCCUGUACUGUGUCCGCAGUCUCUGGUCAUCCCCUGUACUGUGUCCGCAGUCUCUGGUCAUCCCCUGUACUGUGUCCGCAGUCUCUGGUCAUCCCCUGUACUGUGUCUUCAGUCUCUGGUCAUUUUCUGUACUAUGUCUGCAGUCCAUUGGUUCAGAAUAUUUUUUUCCCCAGUUUUCUGCCUCUAAAACCUAGGUGCGUCUUAUGGUCAGGUGCGUCUUAUG